UCUCUCUCUCUCACUCACUCACUCACUCUCUGGCCGGCCCGCCCGCCCACCCGCCCGCUCUGUCUCUCUUCCACUCUCUCUCAUAUAGAAGGAAAACCAGCAGAGAAUAAAAGGGAAGAAACAAAAGAUGAUUGAUGCGAUUAAGAUAGGGCUGCGACUAUCAGCACUUGCAACUUCAAUAGCAGCUACUUGCAUUAUAUUCACUUCCAACCAAACUGUUGUUAUUUUUGGCAUUCAAAUGGACGCCAAAUACAGCUAUUCUUCUGCUAUCAAGUUUUUUGGAAUCACGACUGCGAUAGCAAGUGUUUGUUCUGUUGUUUCUUUGGUUCUCACCUUCAUUCUUCCGCGAAUUGUGUCAUCUAAAGCCAUCCAUCGUGUUUUCUUUUUCAUGCAUGAUCUGGUGACAAUGUCACUAGUACUAUCCGGAUGCGCGGCAGCAACAGCAAUAGGGUAUGUAUCGAAAUAUGGUUACGAUCAUGCAGGUUGGAUGCCGAUAUGUGACCAUUUCUCUAGUUUCUGCCAUAAGGUCACAGCUGGUGUCGUCCUCGGUUACUUGUCUUUCAUCUUCUUCUUCGUCCUCACCAUUAUCAACGCCAUCAUUACUCCCCAUCACUAGCUUUAUUUAUUUCGAAACUCAAAUCUAAUUAACAAAUUCUUCAAUUCGACUACAAUAACAAUUAAUGCUUAUUGUAGAACCUACUUUUAUUCAUAUAAUAUGUAUACAGGAGGACGAAUAUAUUAUGAUGCGUGAUACAAUUAUACCGGCCGCGGCUUGGUUGUUGUUAUUUGUACGUACGUUAAUGAUCAUUCAUCACUAAUAUGUACGAAUUAAUGUUUGAUUUUCCUUAAAUAAGAUUUGGUUGGUUACUCCCUUAA